AUGCCAACUGCAGCGCCGUAUACCUUUACUCGUAACUAUCUGACUAGUGUCAACAUCAAGGUCGAAAAAUGUAACUUGACUAGUGGAAAGACUGCUGGUUGGAGAGGACGAGAAGGCAUUGGUCCAGGCACUAGAGUAUAUCUCACUUCUAUCACGCAGGCUGCGGCGUAUAUUGCCAAUCGGUUGCCCCUUGUUACCGUUUCCACAUAUCUUCAAUUUUUCCAUGAAAGCAAGUCAAAGCGGACGCGGCUUCUCCAGACUGAGGAUUCCGCGGAUCUCCAGCGCGAUUCCAGCAUUCGAUAUGCGGUGAUCACAACGUGGCAGCAAUUGUUUGAGCAAAUCCGACAUGAGCGACCCGCGGCGACAGAUCUCCUAGCGUUGAUGAGUAUGUUCGAUCGGCAGGGAAUCCCGGAAGAUCUGGUGCGCGACUAUACUCAAAAUAUCCUAGGUUUUCACGAUACAUUGGCGCCGCUGCUUAGCUAUUCUCUAUUCCGACUAGAAAUGAACGAAAAAUUGUUUAACAUGCGCCGCCCAGUGCAACUAUCCGUCCGGGCUGUGCUGAAUUCUAUAUAUGACGAAGAUGAUGAAGAAGGAUUAAAUGCAGCCACCCUCUUAUCUAAUUAUGGGUGGUUUCUAGAUCUUCAAGGAACUUAUAAAGAGGCAGAAUCGAUGCAUCGAUGGGCGUUGGAAGCACAAGAGAAGGUGCUUGGACGCGAGCAUCCUGACACGAUCACCAGUGUCGUAACCUUGGCAAUGUGCUUGAUAGGCAAUGGAAUAUAA